AUGUCAGGACGGGCGCUGAGAAAGUCACGGAUACGCUUCCCACUCGAAGCUGUUCCUGCUCACCUGGGCACAGAUCUGGGGUCCAAGAGGCAGCCGAUCGCUACGAAGCCAGGGCGGUCCUCCAGCUCGGUCACGGGCACGAGAGGAAAUGAACACGGCGUGCCCAUCUACACUGGAAUCUACACUGUGACGACUCGCGAGCCCAGCAGCCACCCUAGCACAAGUCUCUACACGCUUGGCACUGACAAAUCGUACUGCUCCCCGUGUCGGAUGUCGGACUCAACGAUGAGAAGACCCACCUGCCGCCUCCAGGCGGCUGGGAAGUGUCCCGGCCCAAAGAGAAGCUCGAUGGCGAAUCUGGCAGACAAGAAGUCGGCCUUCAGAAGCGGCAUCACCUGCUCGUGA